UUGUUUGGGUGGCUAUUCAUUCUCGGUUCUCCCUGCCGUAUCCUCUCUUCUGUGGGCGAGAGAGACAGGCGUCUGUUGCUGCUUUGCUUCUUAUUGUCUUCAGGAAAGUAGGAAGAGAAGAGUGAUUAGUGACGAAGAAGGAAGGAAGAAAGAAAGAAAUGGAGAAAGCAUUGACAAAAGUUGGGAGCUUCUGGAUUUCCAAGAAAGCCAAAGAAGAACUCUCCACAAUUUCUCAUGACCUCUCUAAUUUUUCAGAUGCUGUUGAAGAGAAGGCAAAAUGGGUAUUCAACAAGCUGAAAGGUAAGCCACAAAAAUCCUUGGCAGAGGUCCUCCGAGAGUACAACCUUCCCCCUGGACUCUUCCCUCAGAAAGUGAAAUGCUACGAGUUGGAUGAAUCAAAAGGUAAACUAAUAGUUUAUUUGCCCUCUCCCUGCGAGGUGUGUUUCAAGGAUUCAUCCAUCGUACGUUAUGCCAAUCGGGUGAAAGCAACAUUGUCAAGGGGAAAGCUCACUGGAAUAGAAGGAAUGAAGACGAAAGUUAUAGUGUGGGUUAAAGUAAGCAGCAUUAGUGUUGAGAGCUACAAGUCUGAUAAAGUGUGGUUCACUGCUGGGGUGAAGAAAUCCAGGCCUAAAGAUGCAUAUGAAAUGCCUCGUGAAGCCAUUCAAGUUGAGGAAUUUUGACAACUUCUGUACACUUUAUAAUUCUUUGUGGACAGACAUACUUCAAUUACUUGUCAUUGGCUACUUUGGUUUUAAAUCAUAUCUUAAAAAAAAUCUAAUAACACAUUCUUUCAGCGAAGUUCUUAUA